AUGAGAUACGUACUCUUUGCUUUGAGCGCAUGGGUGCCCUAUGCUAUAUUCUAUUUUGCCUCCAUAAAUGGCCUUGAUGCGCUAAGCCGCAAAUCCAUUGAAUCCGGCAAGCUCCCGAGCAUCGAUGCACCUUUGCGCACAGUCUACACGGGAGUCGAGGCAAUCGACCACGUAUUCACUCUUUUGACAACAUUUUUCUAUCCAAUGCUCGACGGCCAUAAUCCUGGUCUGCUGCUUCACAGUUUUGGAUUUAGUGGAACUUUUGGUGCAACUUGGACUCUGAUCGUCUUGGAAUCCUGGAGAAAGGGCAAUGCCGGCACAAUAGCUGCUUACCCGACGAUAUUUGGCCUCAUCGCUCAAUUGUUCACUUUUGCUUUUGGAGUCCCAUUGGCAUGUGGUCUUCAGCUGGGCUGCUCUAUUACUGCGCGCCGCCCUCACGCAGAUAACAUUCGUAUCCCACGAGCAGUUCUUGCAGCUUUUCCGUUGAUCUACAUUGUGGGAUACAUUGUGCCGACCGUGGCGAUGGGAUUGCCCGCUCCAUCUGUCAUUUCCGUGGACCUGAAGCAGAUCGCCAUUGCCAUCUGGCAACCCUGGCCAGCAUACGUGGCAAUUCUGACCUCAAUCGCUUACUUUACUCUUUCUCCUUUCUACUCAAACAACCACCGGGUAUCCAUGUCUAGCUUGCGCUGGGUCUAUGCAUUUGCGUUUGCCAAUGCAGCCUUGUCGCACAUUGUGUCAUGGGUUGUUUCCUUGGCAACCGUUGUUGUGCCAGUUCUAUUCGAAGACCAUUUCCUAGGCUCUCUUCACCCGACUUCUGUUUUCUCAUUUCCUCUUCCCUGGUCCGGGCUGACGGUUGAUAAUGUCGGUGACGGUGUCCAUAUCUUCCUCCGAUGGGACUAUAUGACUGGUUCUGCUGGUGUUUUGAUUUGGGCUAUCUCGCUGCACGUUACUGCUCACAAGCAUAUCCUCAACUAUAUCUCGUGGCCCAGUCUCCUAGUCAAGAUUGCUCUGUUGACGCUUCUUGCUGGGCCUGCAGGUACUGCGGUCGAGUUGAUCUGGGAGAGAGAUGAGCUGGUGUUUACCGAGACAGAUCGUUGCAAGCAGCAGGUUUCGAAGGCCAAAAAGUCCACCUGA